AUGCAAAGUGAUCAACUCUCUCUCUGUCUCUCCUCCUCCUUUCUUUUCCACAAGUAGCAGUUGCUCUGUAGAUAUUGUGCAUGGAAAUCACAAUGCGAAAGCCAGCCUUUUCCUUCAUUCUCUCCUGUGCCUUUCUCUCACUUUUCUUGGCUCUGUAUACCUCGGCUGAUCAGUCCUCAUUACCGCUGUCGCGUUCUGAUGCAUGCAAAUCUACUCUCUACCCAAAACUCUGCCGCUCAAUCCUCUCCGCCAUCCGCUCCUCACCGUCCGACCCCUACGGCUACGGCAAGUUCUCCGUUAAGCAAUGCCUCAAACAAGCACGAAAGCUGUCGAUACGGAUCGGCCACUACCUCACGCACAAGCGGCGCUCGUUAAUGAGCCGCAGUGAGGUCGGGGCGCUCGACGAUUGCCGCCAGCUCUCUCAGCUCAACGUUGACUACCUGCAGUCCAUCGCCGCCAAGCUCAAGUCUGCCUACUCGUUGAACGACGAGCUCGUGGAUCGAGUGCAGACUUUGCUGAGCGCGAUCGUGACGAACCAGCAGACGUGUUACGACGGGCUUGAGGACUCCAAGAGCAGCAUCGUUGGCGCAUUGUCUGAACCCCUGAACAACGUCACUCGGCUGUACAGUGUGUCUCUUGGGUUGGUGACGCAUGCGUUGGAACGAAAUCUUAAACGAAACAAGAAGAAAAAGGGGUAUAAAGGUAGAAUGUUUCCGACCAAGGGACACCCGGUCCGAGAACGACUCGAAAGUCUCAUCAAGGUUCUACGGAAAAACUCUUGCAAAAAAUCAAAGGAAAAUUGCCCCAAGAGACCGGAACGGAUUCUCGAUGAAUUAAGGGAGGACAAUGGAAUUCUUGUGAACGAUACAGUGACUGUCGGCCUUGACGGCACCGACAACUUCACGUCAAUCACGGAGGCCAUCGCAUCUGCUCCAAAUAAUACACUGCCAGAAGAUGGAUACUUCGUUAUCUACGCUAGACAAGGAUGCUAUCAGGAAUACAUUGUGGUGCCUAAGUAUAAGAAGAAUAUAAUGCUGCUUGGAGAUGGCUUAAAUCGGACGGUCAUUACAGGAAACCAUAGUGUGAUCGACGGCUGGACAACUUUUAACUCUUCCACCUUUGCUGUCUCUGGAGACCGGUUUGUAGCAGUAGACAUUACGUUCAGGAACACAGCUGGUCCUGAAAAACAUCAAGCAGUAGCUCUGAGGAACAAUGCUGACCUCUCCACAUUCUAUCGUUGUAGUUUUGAAGGCUACCAAGACACUCUUUAUGUUCACUCUCUCAGACAAUUCUACAGGGAAUGCGACAUAUAUGGGACUGUAGAUUUCAUUUUUGGGAAUGCUGCUGCUGUUUUUCAGAGCUGCAAUAUAUAUGCUCGAAAGCCUAUGGCUAACCAAAAGAAUGCUGUCACAGCCCAAGGCCGGACAGACCCAAACCAGAACACUGGUAUUUCCAUCCACAACUGCACAGUUGAAGCUGCACCAGACUUGGCUAUGAACUUGAACUCCAGUACCUUAACUUAUCUGGGUCGACCUUGGAAGAUGUAUUCUAGGACUGUGUACAUGCAAUCCUAUAUUGGAGGUUUGAUCCAUCAAGUUGGAUGGUUGGAAUGGAAUGGAACGAUUGGAACAGACACACUUUAUUAUGGGGAGUUUAAGAAUCAUGGGCCAGGUGCAGAUACUGCUAAGAGAGUGCAAUGGCCAGGUUAUAGUUUGAUGAAUGCUUCACAGGCUUUGAACUUUACUGUGGAUAAUUUCACACUUGGGGAAACUUGGUUGCCUUAUACUGAUAUACCCUUUUCAGCUGGACUUCUAGAUAUCUAAAUUAAAACUAUAUACAAGUUCCAUUUUAUAUAUAUAGCUCAUGUAUUGUAAUUUCGUAAUGAAUUUUUUUUUUUAUAAUAUUAUUCUUAAUAAUUGAUUUUAUCAUAUAUCUUUAAUCACAUUGGUUGA